UGUGUUCUACAGUACACAACGCAUAAUUUCUUGUCUUUGAUGAAGAUAAAAAAAUAUUCAUUUCAAAGUGAUACAAUCAUUCCAAUUAACGGGAAGGAGGAUGGAAACGCAAUUUGUGUAGCAAAUCGUGUUCUCAAACAGUGGAUAGGUUUAAGGUUAUGUUUCCAUCUUAAUCAAGAUCUAGGUGGAAUUCAGUGAAAAAAAAAAAAUAAGUUUGUGCGUAAAUCUAGCUAAACAUCCCUGAAUGAAUUUCUCACGGUUUCUUGAUAUUCAAUCAUGGUGGGAAGUGCCAAGCAUAGCAUAUUUCUGUUCUCUAUUUCGGACUGCCUUCAAUCUUCUGGAUUUUGACAUUGAAGAGCUAGAGGAAGCUCUACUGACAGACGGUACAGAAGACUGCGGAAGUUCAUUGUUGACAGAAUUGAUCGUACGUCUUCUGAACGGCUGCUUGGGCAACAAUGACAUCUCCGCAUUUAAUUAUCAGAUGUAUCUGAGGCGCCUUUUCCGGCAAAAAUGUCAAGAAUCAGGCCGCUACAACCCAUUCAAUACUGACAUUGACUUCCAGUUUCUGCCUUUGCGCAGAAAAGUUGAGAUAUUGUAUGCUCUUUGUGAUUUCCGACUUGAUGCUGAAGAUGUUUUUGAUCUAUUUAAGAACUUGGAGGCAGAGAGCUUAAGAGUUGAGCCACUGGGGUGGGAUGAUAAUGACUCUGCAUAUUGGUAUUUCUAUGGCACACGGCUAUAUAGAGAGGAUAUAAUAAGGAAACCAAAAGGAAAAAAGAAAAAGAAGAACAAAGAGCGCAAAAGAGGCUGGCUACAUGGAGAUGAUGGGAAAGAUGAAGAAACUGAGCGAAUCUGGCAAGUUGUCUGCUUCACAGAAGAGGAUUGGAAGCUGCUGACAUUAAAAUUUAGUAAGGCUAACAGCAAGGUUGAGAAGGAGCUUUAUAGAUCGCUCUCACAGAAUUUUAUGCCAGAAAUACCCAGAUUAUUCCAAGAGAAAGAACGUUUACAACGGAAAAGAUUGCUGGAGCUAGCCCCGCGGCGAACAUCGAGCCGCGUUUUGCAGAAACUCCGACAAAAGGAAGAGGAAGAGAGCAGCAAGACUAAUACUAAUGACGAGGCGUCGAAGGACGAGGAGAGCAAGGAAAGCCAAGAUCUCGCCAGGAGGAACAGAGCGAAGCGAAGGAACCAGCUGAGAUCAAAAUCAGCAUCAUCGGAUUCAUCCGACUCUUCAAACAGCAGCGACAGUACGGAGCCCGAGAUGCCGCAGUUGGCGCAACCGUCCAAGAACCAAGGGAAAAAGUCAAAAAACUCUUCGGCUGUUCAUAAAGGCGAACCGCCCCCAGAGACGCCCGUACGAACCGGCCGGAAGACGAACAACUCACUGGCGUCGGCCACGGGCCAGAUAUUGAUACCAGACAACGACGAGCCAGUCAGCAGCACGCGGAAGAAGCUCAAGACGUCGCAGAUAUUUAGCCAAACUGACGAAGACAUACAAAUUGAUAUGUACAAGGUUCUCGAACAAUUGACCAAUCAUGAAGAUGCCUGGCCAUUUUUGGAUCCCGUGGAGGAAGAUUACGCACCGAAUUACUACACAGUGAUACGACGGCCAAUGGACUUACAUAAGAUGGAAGAGCGUCUGGACGGUGGCUUUUAUACAGACUUUUCCACUUUCAAAGAGGACUUCAAGCUAAUUGUUAACAAUUGUCGGCUCUACAAUGGUCAAGAUAAUGAAUACACUACAAUGGUUGACAACCUUCAAGCGGCAUUUGAUCGUUUAACAGAGAAGUACAUGUACAGAGUAUCAUCUUCUGAUGAAGAAAUAGCAGUUGAGUACCAAAUUCCAACACCAUCCCGAAGACAGAAGAGGAAAGCCAGCCAAUCUCCAGUAAGACUCUCUUCAGAGAAGCGGAAAAAACAAUCUAUUUCUGAGGAUACUGAACCAAAAUCAAGUUCAUCAGAUAUAGUGAAAUCGACAAAUAAUCAUGAGAUUAACAAAAAUGCUGAAAAAGGUAAUGAAAAAAAUAAGAACAUUGAAGAAAAGAAAAUCGAAUUUGCUAAGAAGUCAGAUCAUCAGACUACAAAGAAAUCCAAGGAAUCUCAUAAGGAGAAGGACAAGGUUAAAAAGAAGCGCAAAAGUCACCAUCAUCGACAUGGAAAGCAUUCCAGGAGCCAUAAGAAGAGUAAACACAGCAAGAAAGAAAAACAUACAAAACAUAAAGACAGAGAUGGAAAGAAGUCGAAAAAGAAAAGGAAUAAACACACUGAAUCUCCACCGGAGCCUGCUGAACCGAAACGUAGUGAUUCACGACAUUCAAUGUCAAGCUCGAAUAGAAGUAGAAGUGCUAGUCCAUUGCCUUCUAUACAUACUCCGUCGCCGUCCCCAACAGAACUCGAUAAACCAGAGUGCAGUACAACUGAAUUUGAAAAGAUGCAUUACGAACAGCCGACAACAUCAUCAAAACUUCAGGAUUGUGAAUUCCUCAAAGAUAAGUAUGAUAAGAUCAAAGAACGCAGACGUCACGCUGCACGGGAUGCCUGGGAGUCUCUAUUCGAUUAUAAACAAAAGGUUGAUAAACAAAAACAAAACUUUCAGACUCUAGGAAAGGAUAAAAAUCAAAAGUUGCGUGAGACAAUCGAAAAGUUAAAAGCGAAAAAUGAGAAAUAUAAGGAUGCAUCACUAUUUACUACUUUAUUUACUCCACGGAGUACAAGAAGAACAGAUAGAAAAACAGAUUAUAAAGAAGACGACAGUGAGGAUGAAUCGGGCGAUGAUGAUGAUGAACCUUUGGAGACUGUAAAAGGGAAGUGCAUCAAUAAAAAAUUGCUUAAGAAGAGUUCUGCAAAGAAUGAAUCUGCCUCCGAGGCAUUGGAAGAAGCAGUAAAAGAUAUAAGCAAGUGGUUGGAUGAUGCACCAAAGAGUUCUGCUUUAAGUUCACCUAGUGAUAGUCCAGCACCUACAGUUUCUGUGGAAGAAUUAGAUACUUGCAGCCGCCAGGAUGAUGAAUUAUCACAAGGAGAGCGACCUUUAUCUAGCAGAAGAGAGAUAUCACGAAAACGGCCGUCAUCUCGUGAACCAAAACUCAUAAAAAGACGUGAAGUACAACGAACUAUUGAUAGACUUCAACCCGGUAAAAGUAAGGGCAACUUAAUAACAAAUGUUGCUAAUAAAUCCAGUGAGAAACUUGAAGAUACAAUCGCCAGUGGGCUUGGUAAUAAAUUAAGUGACCCUGCUAAGAAUGAAGGAAUAAGCCCAAAACUGAGUCUUGGCUCUGUGCUACCUACAGUGGAGUUUGCCAUUAGUGAGGAACAUAAUUUUGCUGACGAAGAAAACGUAACCGAACACAAGAGUGCUGAGAAAGCAGAAAUAGAAACAGCCAAGACUGAAUCUGUUAUAGAGAAUAAGCGAGAAGAAGAAAAACCUAUUAUCACCAAAAAAGAUGUGCAAGUAGAAACAGAGGCAGAAAUUAUUAUGAAACCCAGUCAAGAAAAAGCAACUCCCAACCUUAGCGCUUGGUUCAAAGCAUUUGGUGCACCAAAAACGACACCGACUGUGACUACGGUGAAAAAGAAAACUGAAGAAUCUGAUUUAGAGGAAAAAACACAAGAGCAGAGUAAUGCCGAGAUUAAAUUAACAAGUCCAAAGGUUGCCACGGCCAAAUUCGAUUCACCUAACGAUCCCAAUUCUCCACACCAAGAUGGCGGAGAAAGUCCGCAUCCCGUAUCGUUAACACCGCGGCAACGACGAACAAGUACAGGAAGCUCAGUUUCGGAAAGAUCUUCAUUCAGUCAAGAUUUAGAUUCGCCGCGACAUCAAAUGUCGCUGACGUCACCCUUGUUGCGGUCUCCAGCAUCACCUAGGAAUGACGAUUUCCAAAAGAUAACGUACCCAAUAAUAAACGGUUCUGUUCGCGCUGGUUUCUACCAAGAUACAACGUCGCUAAAAAGUAGCCCCGACAAGAGUAGUAGCCCCCGCGAAGCACCCCAAUCACCAUACUCUGCUUAUAGCCAGCACGUGUACGCUGCGUCGUCAAAUAUCACUGGAUCGGCUACACCAAACUAUUUCGUCGACCAAAAUAAAAGUCCUUUACCAGCAUACAGUCAAAGUGCUGUAUUUUACGAUUCAUCAAAAAUCUCAUCUGUCAGUAAAGCAACUAAGUCCCAAGACGAAUAUCCACCUGAUGUGUACCAACAAAAUCAGUUCAACAAUUCAUAUUCGCCUUCUCCCACUCAGUAUUCCCCAGUGCAAACCAAUUAUUCUCAGCCACUGGUUUCCCCACAGCCAACAGCUACAAACACCCAACAAUUACCGAGAUCGCCACAAACGCAAGAGUCUAAAACACCUUUAUAUCCUGUGAAAAAGAGGUGUUACAAUGAACAAGACUCAUUAUUGACUCAAGAGAAACCAAAAGAGAAGGAACUAAGUAAUGAAUCUACAAAUGAAUAUCCAAAAUUACUGCCGAAUGCCUGCUCGACAUCUGUUGAUGAAAUAGCAAACACCUUAAGCGAAAAAUCUCAACAUGCGAAAAUGACCAAUAUACGUGACCAUAGAAAUGUGGAUAUUGAGAUAACCGCUUACGAUAAUCGUAGUAUUAACGUAUAUGAGAACAAUGAACCGGCUCACGUCAAUAAUAAGAGAGAUGUAAUUAAUAUGGAGAAACAUAAACCGCUUGGGAUGAACAAAAAGGAUGUAGACAUUGACAUGAUAAAUAUGGGUUAUUACAAUACCGAAGAUAAGAGAAAUAUUGAAAUCCGGGAAGCAGAAUAUAUGGCUCGUGAUCCAAAAGCGAACAUGAAUCACACACAGAAAGGUCAUGAAAUAGAAGCUAUCGCCAUAAAUUUGGGCAUCAAUAGCCAGCAACUACAGAAACCACCGUCUAAACCGAUUAUUACGUCAACAUCAUGCAAUAUGACACCGGCCCAUUGCCACGAGCGACCACAUACAGACAUUUCCACUAGCCAACCUAUUGCACCUGCACAUCAGCACCAUUACGACACUUUAACAUCUCAAUCAAUAAAUAGUUUCUCGCUGAACGAUAUUGAACAGGCAAACAAGAAGUUGUAUAGCAAUACACCACCACCUACAGCACUGGACUAUUGCAACUGGAAGAAUACUAACCAAUUGCGUAAACAAGAUCACGUGACAGCUGACUAUUCAACAUACGGUACUGAGGAAAAGAGCAAACCUGAUGCAUCUUUAGCUCAUAAUUAUAAAAACUUACAUCAGCAGGACAACAAUUAUGCGCAAGAUAUGUCUCAAAACGUAACUUCGGAAUUGCGAAUACCGAAUCCACGCGGAGGGCACAAAUCCGAUAAUUCUGUUGUCACACCUUCCAUGGCUGAGGCAUCCAUAAUGGCAAUCGUUAAAAAUAUCGAAGCAAUGGCAAAAUGCCAGAAACCUGAAAAGCACGCACAAAAUCAUCCACUGGCCUCAUCUAUUCCUUCCUAUAAAACCCCUUAUAGUACUCAUUCUUCUUUGCCUUUAGAUAGUCUACGUAACUUGCCCAGCAUACCACAAAUGCUUGAAAGAUAUUCAACUGAUGAGAGAUACUUGUCAAGUUUAGCGUCAAGUAGCUCGCUAUAUCAUGACAAGACAUACCAGAUGACACAAAUGUUCAAUAAGGCUUUGGCAUCAGAUGUGGCCACACCUAGUUCACAUAGUGUUAUUUAUUCACAAGCAAGGGGCCCCUCUACUGCGGACAAUGAACCUAUUACCUACUACCCACCAUCUGAGCCUAAAGCCAAGCCUAAAAGAAAACGGACUGUUGACGCGGCUAAACAAGCACAUCAUGAUUCUGCCACUGUCUAUCAACAUUCCACACAGCCUACUAAUAAUGAUGCGCUCAACUCAGUAAAAACCAGCAUCAUGCCAACAUUCAAUUUCAGCCCCACAUCCAACAUGUCUUUAAGCGGAAUGUAUGGUGACAAUGGAGCCUUUUCUAUAGAUGAUUUCAGAAAUAGUACGAGUCACCUGAUGGCUGCCAACUACAUGGCCGCAGCCGUCGCCCAUCAGCAGCAACGAGGAGAGAGCAGCACUGAAAAACUUGUGAAACCAGCUCACCAGAAUGCCAACCAUAGUGCAAGUUCAUUCCCUUUCAUCACUCACUCCCAGGUUAGAGCCGGCUAUCCGUUUGUUGGAGCAGAAGCUCAAUCACAGAUGUACCAGCAAUAUCUACGGUACCAAGAAGAAUUACAGCGACAAACAGGCGCUCAGAUUAUGGGCCUGUAUCCUCCGGCGUAUCCGCCUCCGCUCGGCAUACGCCAACCGUACGACUCCAUAAAUCGACCGUCGUGGAUAUAAUAUUGGCUUUACAACAGGCCGUUCUACCCGUGGACUUAUCCUUGUGGUGAUUACUGUUGUAACGGUUGUUAUAAGAACACAUAACACAGUGACAGUUGAUUCUUCUAUUUAUCAAAUAUUACAAGUACAUAAAGUUGUGUAGAAUGUCAUGACAAUUUUCUCCAAUAAUAAAGCAUAAUAUUUAUAUUUUACUGUGAAUUAUGUUUGUGUUUAUUGAUGUAGUGAUGACACUAUAUUAAUGUUGGCAGUGUGUGGAUAUGAAUGGCUAUUUGUAACCUAUUGUAAAGUAUGACUCAACAUCAAUACUGCAAAAUAUUUUUAGGUGUGAACAAAAUAAUAUAAAGUUUUUGAAUUAAUAUACUUUACUUUACAUUCGUAUGUAAAUUAGCAUAGCUAGCAUAUAUAUUUUAUUUUUAAUGACGCAAAGUACUCAUGUUUCUUGAGCAGGCCAUGCAAUAUCUAUAAGUUUCUUAUUCAAGAAUUUACUUUAUUAUUAAUAUUGUUUUUAAGACAUUUUAAACUCUUAACAUUAAAUAACUCAUUUUAUAUUAAGGUCGAAUCAAAUGUAAUUGUUAUAUUUAAUUAUUUUAUGUUAUAUUUUAAAAAUUUAGUCUUGUUAUGUAAAUAUCCUAUAACAUGAUUAUUAAUACUAUGUUUUAAUCUUAUGCUUAUUAAGGAUAAAUAAAAGUAUAAACAAAUUAUUAUAGUCUUAAGACGAAAUUGUAAUGAACCCUUGAAUGUUGGUCUUAUUGUGUAUAAAGAUAUUAUUAUGAAUAAAGAUUUACAAAAUUUA